UCGCAUAAGUUUUCAGAAGGAAAAGGUGCUGGAUAAUCCAAAUGGAUAACAAAAGCCCAUUAUGGCCCAGCAUCUACAGACACAGUAUCAGCACGAAUUCUUACCAUUGUGUGAUGUACUGUUUAACAUAAUUUCUCUUGCUUCAUACUUUUGCGACGUUGUUUUUGAUUUUGCAAUGGUAUAUGCCCUCGCACAUCAUUCUGUUGCUCCUCCCAUCCUUUUCCCUUUAAGUAUUGUUCUUAUAGCAACAUCAUUAGUUAUCUCUCAGAUUGUCAGUGUACGAUGGUAUUUAUGGGGUGCCAGAGGCAGACUAACUGGUAAAAAUAUCGCAGAUUGCAAUAUUAAUGAAAAAAAAGAAAAUGGGAAUUGGGCAAUAUGGUGUGUUUUAUUACUUCAUUCAACUCAAGUUGGAGUAUUGUGGAGAUAUUUCAAACUAUUUAUUCCGGUUAAUUUAACUUAUGUUAAGCAUGAGGUAAGGGAACUCUGUGUAUUACGACUUAUUCAUGCAUUCUGUGAAGCAGCUCCAAUGUUGCUCUUGCAAUUAUAUCUAUUGUCUAUCGGAAUUAGUAACGAGUCAAAUACAGAUAUUGGAAAAGGAAAAGAAACUGAAAACAGAGAUAGUGAAAAACUAGCAAAGUUAACUGCAGUAUCUGCUGGACUCUCUCUGUGGAGCGUAUGCUGGGCAGUUGCUAGUUUUAGCAAAGGUGCAGCACGUCUGCGUAAUUUAGAACGUUUGGUACUGACAUGGCUAGGUGUGCUGGCACAACUAGCAUGGAGGCUAGGAACCGUAAGCGCUAGAGUAGGAGUAUUAGUAGCUUAUGCCUCACUGUAUGGCGGACAAUGGCUAUUAAUUGUCAUGGCUCUCCAUUGGCUAUCAAUGUUGAUGUGGCUACUGCUCACCCCAGACGGUCUUUUUCAUGGUGGUGAACAUUUGCCUGUAUUAAGAAAAACGUCUUUGGCUUCGCUCCUUGCAUUCGUUUAUAUAUUUGCAUAUGUAAAUUUGCACGAAACGAAUCAUCGUCAGAAAAUGGUAAUAUUUUAUACCGUAAUGUUUUUGGAAAACAGUUUGCUCAUUGGUGUGUGGAUAGUGGGUGUUAAUAGAAGUGAUCUUCUUCCACAUCAACAUCAUCCGAAUCCUGUAACUCUAGUACUUACAUUGUUAGCAUUAUUUUUCGGCGGUAUGUUUUUCAUGGGCCUUUAUUAUAGGUUUUUUCAUGUAAGAAGAUUGAGAUACGAAGCUGGUGGCAGAAUGACAGCUUCGAAUCUGACGACACUGCCGAAUCAGGACAAUUCGGAAGAGAAACAAAUAGAAUAUACAGAAGAGAAAAAAGUAAAUAUGAAUAUAGGAAUGAGAAGAGGUAAAUUAAGCAACGGUGGAAUACCAGGUGUAUUUAACUGCCGUUUCGCCAAUCCGACUGCAGUGAAUCCAAAUCGAAAAAAGAAGAAGCCAACUACCUUCGUCCCUCCGCCGCCACCGCAGUCUCAAACAGGAGCAAUUGCAGCUUCUAUUAACGCAGUUGGAGAUGCGAAACAGUGGCUGGGUAUGAACAGUAGCUCGCGUCAAUUAAUACCGUUUUGGAAAAAAUCCGCGACAUCUUCUGGUGCAUUACGGAAUGAUCACUCGAAUGAGCAAAAGAUUGUAACGGAUGCCGGAACUGGGGGUUCCCUGAGCGUUAAUUUGAUAAGGGAAAAACUUCAAGAGAAAAAGCAACAACAAUUACGAGAAUUACGCGCCAUACAAGAAGAAAUAAAAGAAGGGAAACUGUUUCCUCCACCGUCAGCUUCGGCGUCCUCAUUCUCAUCAUCAGUAGCAUCGAACCAGCAACCACCACCGAACACAAAGUUGCACACUUCUCCUAGUUCGCCUCUAUUCGCAUCUGCCCCGUCUGUGACCGAUCAAAAUGGAGGAAUUACGUUGUCUUCGUGGCCGCCAAUCAAAAUGCAUUGCCUUUUACCUCCGCCACCGUCUUCUUCUUACUAUCCAAAUGUUCAUCCUUCGAAUUCGUGGCGAACAACACAAAGGGAGAGAGUGGACACGCCAGAAAUUCUACUUGCACCACGAUGUCUUCCUCAUCAUUAUUCCCAUUGGGCACCGUCUGCUCACGUCAAUCACAGACUACGUUCGAAUCAAAACGGAGGAGAAGAAAGCUCGAAGGGCGAAGGAGAACCGGAAGGAGAAAUUAGCGACAUGGAAGGUAGCCAAGUGUCCCUGCCUCGAAGUUAUACCCUUCCCCGUGAAUUUAAAUAUAAUCAUCGAAAUAACACUGCAAGGGAGAGGGAACGACGUGUAGGAAGCAGUAAGGUUGCAGCCUCACGUUUCUAUUUACCUUCCACAAAUAGCUCUGACGGAGAUGUAGAUAGCGCGGAUAACGAGGACGAGACGGACUCAGAAGUGCAAUUUCGUAUGAAGCAUAAUUACGGUCACAAUAAUUAUGUUGUAACGCAAGAGCAGCAACAGCAGCCAUACGUAUUUGAAGACAAUGGUAAAAACGAGUUCUUGCACUCCAAUCCGGACUGUACGACAGCCGUCGUAAUCUCCGGCAACUCGUAUUUAAAUAAUUCGCAAGGACUACAACGGCCAAGUCAGCUCUUCAGACACAGGGUUAAACACGAAACGAAGCUCUGAAGCUUUCAGUUUUAAUGAUAUGCCUUCAGAGAUUGUAUAA